CUCAAUUGUAAUAUGGUUGUCUACUUCAAGUAAUUGGAAACAACCGGCUAGACGCGUCUCCCCUCCUCUUGGACAUAGGCCGCGUUUCUUUGCAUUUGACAGCCAAACCAUAUUGUUUCGCCCAUAUAUAUUUGUAAUACACCAGCACCUGCCAUGUCGUCCCGCCAUCAAGACUGGGACCCGCGAUGCAAAGUCUACGUUGGCAAUCUAGGCUCUAACGCGGCCAGGGGGGAGAUUGAAGAGGCAUUCAGCAAAUAUGGCACUCUGAGGAAUGUCUGGGUAGCAAGAAAUCCUCCUGGCUUUGCUUUUGUUGAAUUUGAAGAUCCCAGAGAUGCAGAGGAUGCAGUGCGAGCCUUGGACGGGGUACGUUUGUGUGGUGCCAGAGUAAAGGUGGAAAUGUCUACAGGCAAGAGGAGAAGUAAUGGCUUUGGUGGUGAUCGUGGAGGACGUGGGGAUGGUCGUAGAGGGGGUGGUGGACCACCAGCCAGAAGGGGCUACUCACCUAGACGAUCACGCUCCCGUAGCCGUGAUCGUUUCCGUGACAGGAAAGGCUCUAGAUCCGUUUCUCGCGACCGCGUCCGCAGGGACUCCCGUAGUCGUUCACGUUCACCCAGCUACAGCAAGUAUGCAGAUUAAUUGAUUCCGGUCUAUCAUACACACACACACACUUACCCGUUGUGCAGAUAAAUUUCAAAGAAGCUCCUCUUUUCUCUUUUGUCCUUGUCGCUGUGAAACCCGUCAUUCACUCCUCCCUUACUAUAUUUCCUUAUCCUAUUUGG